CGACGCGCAUCUCCAGCGCGUCACGUGAUCGACGUUCCGAUGGUGCGGAGCGUCGGUGCACGUUACGGUGUGUGCUUUGUAAAUAAAAUGUUUUCCUUUAAGCGCGACGCGGGCGCGACGGGCGAUUCCUGAGGGCAAGAGGGUCGCGCGGAACGGAAGCAUCCCGACGGAGAUGAUGUUCAGUGAUGUCCACCCGCUGAGCGAGAGGUAGCACCGCGAGGAUGACGCCUAAACGGAAGACGACCAGUUCCGAGUCCACGUCGACGAGCAGCUCCGGCUCCUCGUCGAGCAGCUCGUCGAGCUCGGGCAGCGAGUCCAGCUCGUCCGACUCGGACAACUCCAGUAGUUCCGCCAACAGCCAGAAAGCGUCCGACGCAGAGAGGACCAAGAAGAAGGUGCCGUUCCCGGUCACCCGUCAUGUCAAGUCCAAGGCCGAGACGGCGUCCGCGCCGCCUUUGGAGAAUAAGAGUAAGGACAGGCAGCCGCCGAAGUCCAGGCCGUCCGUGUACUCGUCCGAGUCCGAGGAGUCGCCCAUCAAGGCAAAGUCGCCGCAAAAGAGGAAGCCGCCGGCUAAACCGAAGGCUACCGCUACCGUAGCGCCGGUCGUGAAGACGCAGAGAUCUCCCACAAAACCGGUGCCCGCAUUGGGACAACAUAAAAUUGUACCUGUUUCAAAGCCUGUCAAUGCCAAGCCCAACAAAUUUUCGGGUUCCACGGGUGCCAACAGCAAAUCUCCCGAGAAAUCCGUGAAAUCAACGGAACCGGUCCAGAAGAAAUUGAAGAAGAAGAGUAUAUUCAGUCCGGAAAACAGUAGCGAAAGUGACAGCGGGGUUUCGGCGAAAGUUAGCGUGGUGAAGCCGACAGGUAGUUCUGCGAAAUGUUCCAAAAAUCCACCUGCUAAGGCAAAAUUGAGUGACCCCAAGCAGAAACCCAUAGCAGCGAGCAGACCCGUCGCGAAACCUGUGCAAGCGCAGAAGUCGGACAGUUCCGCGAGCUCAAAGAGUUCUGGCGGCUCGGCGUCCUCGGGUAGCUCGGACAGCAGCUCCGAUUCGGAAUCGUCCGAAAGCGUCACCAGUUCCCAGCCGCAACCAAAAAAGAAGGAAACGCAGUCCAGCGCGCUGACGAGUAGCACUGCGACGAGUGUGCCGCCCAAGAGGCCUUCGGCGACAGUCGCCCCGGUAAAACCGCAAAAAGCAGUCACAAGACGGCAAGGCGCUAAGGGUCUAAAGAGCGACAACGAUGGAGACGCGUCCGCGAGUGAGAAAGAGCUGGACGAUCGUGAAGCGUCAUCUUCGAAAACGGUGGCGAAGGGCAAGCGGAAGCUGCAAACGCGCAAAGGAAGUAAAUUGCUUCAGCUGCAAGCGAAGGCAGACAGCGAUUCCGAAUCUGACACAGCCGAGAGCAAGAGGAGCACGAGCAAAUCGCCUGUUAAACGCGCUGGACCGUCCGCUGCCGUCAGACAAUCCUCCGGAGCCAGUAGAUCAAUGCAGAAUAGCGGUGCCGCCAAUACUACAGGUGGUAGAACAAAUCAAGCGUCUUACAACCGAGCGCGCGCCACAAAGGAACGUGAAUGUCCACUGGCUGCAUCCUGCGAUUCACGGGGUCAUCUCUCUGGAAAACUCGACUCGCACUUUACUCUGGAAGCGUGUCCGCUGUAUCACAAUACCACGCCCCAAGCUUGCGUAGAGUUUUAUAAGGAGAGAAAAAAACGAGAGGAGGAACGCAAGAAGGCGAUAAUGAAUCUAACUAAGAAACCCAAAGGUGUUCAUCAAACUACCGAACAACGCAAUUACCAACUUAAAGUACGUGAGAUGAGGAACAAAUGGAAGGGUAAUACCGGCGAUGGUAAUGAAAGCGAUAGCGGCGGUGAAUUGCAGGGGAACGAAAAGGACAAGCAGCCUCGGCUCAACAAUCUCACACCUGAUUAUGACUUGAAACUGUUUAUGGAGGCCCAAGCGAUAGCCAGUGAAAAAGUCGAAAAGGAGGUGCAAGAAUUGGAUUACGAUGGAGAGGGUAGAAACGGUGGUGGCACUAAAGUCGUGGAAAUGGGGAAAUGGGAAAUGGAAGUUUGGUAUCAAAGUCCAUAUCCUGAAGAAUAUAGUCGCGCUCCGAAGCUUUAUCUUUGCGAGUAUUGCCUGAGGUAUGCGAAAAGCCGUCAAGUUUUGAGGAGACAUCGAGAGAAGUGUUUGUGGAGACAUCCUCCGGGACACGAAGUAUACAGGAAGGACAAGAUAGGCGUGUGGGAAGUGGACGGCAAGCGAUACAAGCAGUAUUGUCAGAAUCUCUGCUUACUGGCCAAAUUCUUCCUGGAUCACAAAACAUUAUACUACGACGUUGAGCCGUUUCUUUUCUACGUCAUGACAAUCGGCGACUCCGAGGGCUGCCAUACCGUCGGAUACUUCAGCAAAGAGAAGAACUCCUUCCUGAAUUACAACGUGUCCUGCAUCCUAACGCUGCCGCCUUACCAGAGGCAGGGCUACGGCCGGCUGCUCAUUGACUUCAGUUACUUACUGACGAGGGUCGAGAAGAAAAUCGGUUCGCCGGAGAAACCGCUGUCGGACCUCGGCCUGAUCUCGUACCGCAGCUACUGGAAGGACGUUCUGCUGCAGUAUCUCUGCAAUUUCGGCGGCAAGGAGAUCUCCGUAAAAGAUAUCAGCAAGGAAAUGGCCAUCGACUCGUACGACAUUGUCAGUACUUUACAGGCCCUCGGUAUGAUGAAGUACUGGAAGGGCAAGCAUAUCAUUCUGAAGAAACAGGACGUGAUCGACGACUACAAGGAGAGGGUGAAGAGACGGGGCCCCGUCUACAAAGAGAUCGAUCCGGAGUGUCUGAAAUGGAACCCCUUCCAGCCACCCAAGACGCCCUCCGCCUCGAACUAAGGUCUGCCAAGAGCUUGGAAGUACGCCACCUUCUCCUCCCCUCGUCCGUCCCCUCUCUUCGUGGCGCGACUUCGAGGGGACGUCGGUCGAUUCUCGCGUUCCUCCUCGCCGUCGUCAUCGUCAUCGUCGUCAUUGCCGUCUUUAUCUACAUUUCCGACCUUCCCAUCGGCUCACGCGGCAGCGCGGGGAAGCCAUAAGCCGCCACCGACAGAUUUCACGCCCGUAACGUAACGGCGAGAGCCGUGAAAAUCCUUCCAGGAAUCCCUCCGUCGCCCCGAAGCACGCGGGAGACGACGGUGAGUAUCUCAUUCUAUUGGCAAUAUCGUUAAGGCUCGCCGCGGGAGCGACUUCUCCCUCUGCGUUUAAGACGCGUCGCGGAGGUCGACAGGGUCCGAUAUAAUAAUUGCGACUGGAAAGUCUUGCACGUGCUCGUGCGCCGAGGAAACGUCUCUCUGACGAAUGGAAGCCGAUGGCGCACGAUGGACGGACAUAGCGACGACUAUUGCAUGCUACACUCGCGUUGUCACCUCGCGUUUGCCCAGCUUAUUUUUAACUCUCAAGUUUCUUGAUAUUUUCUAUUAUAUUAGAGAAGAAGGCUUUUAUUAUUGAGAACUAUUGCGUUUUGAAACAUCUAUUUUACAGUGAUUAAGUCAGUGCGAAAUGAUCAUAUUUAGGAUAUGAAUUAUUGAGAAUGAAGUUUAUUAUCGCCAGUAUAUAAUUAAUAAAAAUUGAAAGGAUUAUUAAACGCCCCAACUGGCAGAUGGUGCAUCGUUUCGACCAGCUAAAUUGUGGUUACUUUCAAGGAUAAGUCAAAACAGUCCUACUGCUAACCGUACAGUGCCGUACAGGUGUGCUAUGUAACACGGAAUCUUGAUGACCGAUGCCUUGGCAGUGGACGUUAGUUUCAAUUUUAUGAUUUGACUAAUUGUAUGAUAUGUCUUGAUGAUUCGAUACGAUUAUCCUUGAAAAUGACCACAUUCCGGAUGGUCGAAACGUUGGAUUUUAAUCUAUUAAAUAUACCGUCUCCCAGGGUU